UGUACUUAUAACAACCUUCCCCUGCCUGCUCUGUUGGGACACCCCUCCGCUUGCGCGCACCACCACCGCAUCCGACCCCGCGCGCACACCCACUACACAACCCUUUGCGCUUUCCCUCGAGCGCAUCACCAGGUCAAGCGCAGUCGCUUCUGUCACUUCCGACCUUGCGUGGCCCAGCAAGUUUACACAAUUCCGAAAACCCUUUUCACACACCCCCGGGUUGCCAUGACAGGCUCUACUGCCUCCCGUCCCCGCGGCGGCGGUAUCCGCAAGCAACGCGCGAAGCGCGACCGAGACGGCGACCUGGUCAUGGGCGCAGCACCUCGAGUUGCUACAGCUGCACGCGCAUCCGGCUCCAAGCCUCGGGCGAGUCGAGACUCGCAUACCGCCCCCUUCACCGAGCUCAAGGUGACCGGCUGGUCCGACGAUAAAGAGGUCGCCAAGCUCCUCAACUUUCUCGAGCGCCAUGCCGCACGCCGCAGCCAGAAGGUCACCAAGGGCGCCGUACCACCAAAGAUGGUCAAGCGACAUUCGGCAGCCGGCACUCUCCUCAAGAUCUGGGUCCGCCCGGAAGAUGUUCCUGCAUUUGGCAAGAUCAAUGGCUUCACUUUCACUUCCGCCCAUGGUAGCCAGAAGCUUACCAUCACUGGCCCCGGCAUCCGCAGCAAGUCACCGAACGCCAUGGAGACGUCUGGCGACAAAGACAACGCCACUCUCAAGCCAGAGACAUCAGAGACCAUUGAGCUCCUCAAAGGCUUCCUAUCCCGCCGCUACCAAGCAGACGAAAAGCUACUCAAUCUGUCCAAAAUCGCCGAUGAUGAAGAGGUGGCUAAAUCAGGCAUGUUCAGCGAUGUCCGGACACAGAAGAAGUUCUUUCCUGCUCUGAUGGUCGUUUGCGAUCAGACGCUCAAGUCAGCCGAGGAGAAGCGCGAAGCCAUACACAGCGUCACACUUUCCGGCAACAAUCUACCAAACUUGGAUGUUGUGCGCGAUCUGUCAACCACUUUGCCUCACAUCCAGAAUCUCGACCUAUCGGGCAAUAACUUUGCCAACAUCCGCGUCCUCAAGCCCUGGAAGCAACGCUUUCGAUCUCUCCAACAUCUCAUCGUCGAGAUCGCCGAGCCAGGCUGGGAAGAAGAACUCACUUCGUGGUUCCCCAAGCUUCGCAUCCUCAACGGCCAGCAGGUCCGCCCCGAUCCUGCGCCAACCCCCACGGAACCGGCAGCCACCCCUGCUGCACCGGUAGCCGCACCAGUACCUACUGUGGCACUUCCAAUCCCCGGGCUUACUCCUGAACAAGAGCAAAUGGUCGCCUACGUCAUUGAGCAGACGAACCUCAAGCGCGAGAUGGCUCUGCAAUGUUUGGAAGCCGGCAAGUGGGACAUCAAUGCUGCCGGACAGCUCUUCCUAGCCACCAAGGACACUCUCGGCCCUGAAUCCUUCAACAGCUAGUGGACGGAAAGCAUCUACGACAAAGACGACGAAUGGUCACAGUACAAUGACAUCGAUCCGCAACCCACGUAUAACAAAAUGUAGCGGAAGGCCUUGGGGCCAUUGUUUUUGGACGCCUUGUUAUACCAGAAUGUGCAUCUUACAGGCGGAAUGCAUUGGAAAUUGUAUUUCACGGUUUUCGGUUUUGAUAUCUUGGCAUAGCGAUUGCAUGGGACGGCGUUUUUCACGGACCGGCUUUUGACGGAUCUGCUUCACAUAGAUACCCAAUCUUAUAAGACCUGCGACGCAAGAGCCAGGCAUUUGACCAG